AGCUCCCACCUUCCUUCUGUGAAUGCCUUCUUCAAUUCUGGAAGGAAACCCUAUGCGACCUGCCCAGGGAAGAGGGCUCUUGAAAAUGGAGCAAGAGCCACAAGAUGGAGAACCUGCUGAAAUUAAGAUCAUCAAAGAAGCAUACAAGAAGGCCUUUUUAUUUGUUAAUAAGGGACUGAAUACAGAUGAAUUAGGUCAGAAGGAAGAAGCAAAGAACUACUAUAAGCAAGGAAUAGGACACUUGCUCAGAGGAAUCAGCGUUUCAUCAUCAGAUCCUGAACAGAUAGGUCCUGGGUGGGAAUCUGCUAGACAGAUGCAGCAGAAAAUGAAAGAAACACUACAGAAUGUACGUACCAGGUUGGAAAUUCUAGAGAAGGGUCUUGGCACUUCUCUGCGGAAUGAUCUUCAGGAGGUGCCCAAGUUAUAUCCAGAAUUUCCACCAAAAGACAUGUCUGAAAAGUCACUGGAGCCUCAGUCCUUUAGUUCACCUCCUCAGCACAGUGAAGUAAAUGGAAAUACUUCAGUUACAAGUACAGAGUCAGUUUCCGCACCUAGUGCUUUAUCCUUCCCAUCUCACGGUCACCCGUCAGAAGCGCCUCCUGCCUAUACUCCUCAGGCUGCUGAGGGCCACUACACUGUCUCCUAUGGAACAGAAUCUGGAGAGUUUUCAUCAGUUGGGGAAAACUUUUACAGGAAUCAUUCUCAGCCACCUCCUCUUGAGACCUUAGGGCUAGAUGCAGAUGAGUUGAUUUUGAUACCGAAUGGAGUACAGAUUUUUUUUGUAAAUCCUGCAGGGGAGGUUAGUGCACCUUCAUAUCCUGGGUACCUUCGAAUCGUGAGGUUCUUGGAUAAUUCUCUUGAUACAGUUCUAAACCGUCCUCCUGGGUUUCUUCAGGCCAAAGGUACUUCAAAUGAAGACGUUAAUCUGAGUCACACUGUACCCUGCGAGCCUGUUUCAGAAGAAAAAACAAAGGAAUUACCUGAAUGGAGUGAGAAAGUGGCUCAAAACAUUUUGUCAGGUGCUUCCUGGGUGAGCUGGGGUUUAGUCAAAGGUGCUGAGUUUACUGGCAAAGCCAUCCAGAAAGGUGCUUCUAAACUCCGAGAACGGAUUCAACCAGAAGAAAAACCAGUGGAAGUUAGUCCAGCUGUGACCAAGGGACUUUAUAUAGCAAAGCAGGCUACCGGAGGAGCAGCAAAAGUCAGCCAGUUCCUGGUUGAUGGAGUUUGUACUGUAGCAAAUUGUGUUGGAAAGGAGCUAGCUCCACAUGUCAAGAAGCAUGGAAGCAAACUUGUUCCAGAAUCUCUUAAAAAAGACAGAAAUGGGAAGUCUACACUGGAUGGUGCUAUGGUUGUAGCAGCAAGUAGUGUUCAAGGAUUUUCGACUGUCUGGCAGGGAUUGGAAUGUGCAGCUAAAUGCAUUGUUAACAAUGUUUCAGCAGAAACUGUACAAACUGUCAGAUACAAAUACGGGCAUACUGCAGGAGAAGCUACACACAAUGCAGUAGAUUCUGCCAUCAAUGUUGGUGUAACUGCCUACAAUAUUGACAACAUUGGCAUCAAAGCAAUGGUGAAGAAAACUGCAAAACAAACGGGACACACACUCCUUGAGGACUAUAAAAUAGUUGAUAACUCUAAGGGGGAAAAUCAAAGAAGAGCAAAUGUAAACGUGAAAGGGGAGAAAGAUGAGCAGACAGAGGAACUAGAGAAGAAUGGGGCAAAGAAGAAAGACAAAUGAUGGAAGUGCUGUGAAUUGCCUAUACCAAAGCCUUACAGAUGGGUGCAGUUUUGUUAGAUAGGCACAUGUGGAAUUCUGCACAGAUUAACCAGGAUUUUUAAAAUGUAUUCAUUCCUACAAAGUGACUAUUUCCAAAGCUCUUUAUAGCAUGUAUUCUACUUACAAGGCAAAGAAUCAGUAUUCUUGGAUCUCACCUUUAGAAGUAGUUACACUCUGAUUUUUUCCCUAAAUGUGGCUAAAAUAUUUUUGCAGUUAAAAUAAGAAUAAUAGAUGUGCUAUAUAAACCUUAUUAAACCUAAUGUUAAACUAUUUUUGUAUUUGCUGUCUUUCAGAAAGCAAAGUAGGAAAUUAUAUAUUUACAUAAAAUUUGGCGUUUAGUAAUCUUAGUUCUGUUUGUAUUGGGAAGAGUAACUUAAAAUUGUCUCCUCUUUUUGCACUAACUGUGGAUUUUUUUUUAGGUGCUUGUUGGAAUUUUCAGCGUAUAAGCUAAGCAAAAACUGUAAUCAUAAACUAAAAGAAUUAUAACAUUUAAAAGACUUUCAAAACAAAGAAUAGACUAAUCAUGAAAAAUAAAAUGAGGUUCUAUAAAAUUAUGUUAGCUUAUUUCUUUGUUAGGAAAUAUGAUGGUCUUUUU